CAGAAGGCUGGAGGUGCAGGGACAGGACAAUGCAUUUGUUUGCGGUGUGUCUGCUCAGUGUCUGGGGCCUGGCUGCCCCUGAGCCCUACAUGGUGGAAGACGUCUGCACUGCAAAGCCCCGGGACAUCCCAGUGAACCCCAUCUGCAUCUAUCGCAACCCCGAGAAGAAGCCCCAGGAGGGCGAAGGGCAAGAUCCAGAGAAAGGAAAGCUCCCAGAGUCGACCAACCCCCGGGUCUGGGAGCUGUCCAAGGCCAAUUCGCGCUUUGCUGUUGUCUUCUACAAGUACCUGGCUGACUCCAAGGACGAUGGGGAAAACAUCUUCAUGUCACCCCUCAGCAUUUCUACAGCUUUUGCCAUGACCAAACUUGGAGCUUGUGGUAGCACCCUCCAGCAGCUCAUGGAGGUCUUUCGAUUUGACACCAUCUCAGAGAAGACAUCUGAUCAGAUCCACUUCUUCUUUGCCAAGCUGAACUGCCGGCUCUACAAGAAAGCAAACAAAUCCUCAGAGCUGGUGUCUGCCAACCGCCUCUUUGGGGAGAAGUCAUUGGUCUUCAAUGAGACCUAUCAGAACAUCAGUGAAAUCGUUUAUGGAGCAAAACUCUGGCCCUUGAACUUCAAAGAGAAGCCAGAACUCUCCAGGAAGAUCAUUAAUGAGUGGGUGGCUAAUAAGACAGAGAAUCGCAUUACAGAGGUGAUUCCAGAAAGAGCUAUUGAUGACCUCACUGUCCUGGUCCUGGUCAACACCAUUUAUUUUAAGGGGCACUGGAAGUCGCAGUUCCCAGCUCCAAACACAAAACUGGAUGUGUUUCAUAAAGCCAGUGGUGAGACCUGCAAAAUCCCAAUCAUGUACCAAGAGGCCAAGUUCCGCCAUGCAUCUGUUGCCCGGGACAAAGUCCAGGUGCUGGAGCUGCCUUACAAAGGGGAUGAUAUCACCAUGGUGCUGGUCCUGCCCAAGGCUGGCACAUCGUUGGUGGAGGUCGAGCGAGACCUGACAUCAGAGAAGCUGCAGGACUGGAUAGACUCCAUGAAGGAGGUCUCUCUCUUUGUUUAUCUCCCUCGCUUCCGCAUUGAGGACAGCUUCAGUGUCAAGGAGAAGCUGAGAAAAAUGGGGCUGGAAGAUCUCUUCAGUCCAGAAAAUGCCAGACUCCCAGGUAUCAUUGCAGAGGGCCGAACAGACCUGUAUGUUUCGGAGGCUUUCCAUAAGGCCUUCCUCGAGGUGAAUGAAGAAGGCAGCGAGGCAUCGGCUGCUACAGCUGUUCUCGUCUCUGGCCGCUCCUUCCCCACGAACAGAGUCAUCUUCAAUGCCAACAGGCCCUUCCUGCUUUUCAUCCGGGAAGCUGCCCUCAACACCAUCAUCUUCAUGGGCAGAAUAGUUGAUCCUUGCUCCUAAGGGGACUGGCAGAGCCUGCUU